AUGCCCAGAGAAUCUUCCAAAGGCGACCCUCGGAUCACCUUCAAGAAAGUCCACAGCCUGAACCGAAUUGGUGAUCGAGCCCCAACCCGCACCCAACGUCAACUAGCUGCCAACGUUGAGCCCAAGAAACAUUCUCAGCAUCUCCCAGUACACAUUCAUGUCCACAAAUCUAAGCAACCCGAAGGCAAAAGAGAUGACACGCUGCCAGGAGGAGACGGGGUUGGGGGUACGGCAUCGAGCCAGGUUACACCAUUUUGGGGUAUCGUAUCCCCGCCCCGGAGCUCUCCGCCUUUCCACUUCGAGAUCACGCUUUCUGGACGAGACGCGGAUUUCGUAGUCACAAACGGAAGAGAAUCUUUGGAAGGCUCACUUGAGUCGGCAAGAUGCGGCAGCUGUGGUCAUUUCGGACAUCGCCUCAUCGACUGCAUCUUUAUGGACAAGAACGGGUUCGUCUCGGGAUGUCCUCUCUGCAACGACAAGAGACACAGGUGGGACGACUGCAAGCGGAAGCAUGAAUUGUCGGAACGAGACGUGUACCAUGUCGUCGUCCAACGGCGAGGCAACAAGCCCGCCAUCGCUUCAUCGCAGCCCUGGAUCCAGCUCGUCGCCCGCGCUCAGCUCAAGAUGUUCCGUGUGAGGGGCUCCACAACGGGCCCGUUCCCAUGGACUGCCAAGCUCGCUCAGAGCAUCAGAAACGGCAACUUCAGAACCAAGAAGAGUGUCAUGCCCGUUCUUUUCCACGUGUGGUACAACUACCGAGAUGACGAGGGCUCGGGUCCGAGGAACAGGUUUCUUGUGUCUGAUCCCGUCACGAGUUCUCUGCGAGCUGUCGGAGUCAACGCUAAGAGGCUUAUGAAAUUGGAGGUUUGCUCUCCACAGUCGUGA